AUGAGUAGUAGCGAAACAAGAUCAGUAGAUCACGAUGACUUUGAUAUAAUAAAGGCUUUGGUUGAUUUUGGUAACAAACAACAACAACAACAACAACAGCAACAACAACAACAACAAUCUAACCAAAAUCACCAUCAUAACAACCAUCAUAACCAUAAUCACCACCAUACUAAUCAUAAUCAUCAUAAUAACCACCAUCAUAAUAACAAUCAUCAUCAUCGUAGUCACAGCGGCGAAAAUCAUCAUAGUAGCAGCGGUGGCGGUCACCAUGUAAAGGAUAAUCAUCACAAUCACCAUCAUCAUCACCAUCACCAUCAAAACGGUAGCAGUCAUUACUUUCAUCACCGUGACAGCAACGGUCAUCAUCAAUAUAACCGUGAUCACGGAAGUGGCAGCAGUGGUAGUUACCAUGUAAAGGAUAAUCACCAUAAUCAUCAUUAUGCUCAUCGCGACGGUGCACAUCACCGUGGUGACCAUCACCGCGACAGCCAUCACCAUGGUGGCGGCGGUCAUCACCACCGCGACAACGGUAGCCAUCACUAUGAAAGUAGCAGCAGCGGAAGUCACCGUGAUAGUAACUAUCAUUACGAUGGUCAUCACCGUGACACCAACAACCACCACUAUAGUAACCAUGUAAAGGACAAUCAUCAUAGCGGCGGUCAUCACUACAGUAGCCAUCACGGCAGCAAGGAUCACCACCACCGCGACAAUCAUCACUAUAACAAUCACCAUGUAAAAGAUAACCAUUAUUACAACAACAACAAUGACCAUUUCCAUCGCAGUUCUCACCAUGACCAUCAUGGAAGUGGAAGUGGAAGUGGUAGUCAUAACAAUCAUCAUCACUACAACAAUUAUCAUCACAACAACAACAACACCCAUGUAAAAGAUAAUCAUCAUUACAAUGGUAGCAAUAACAACAAUAACUAUGUAAAGGAUCACAAGGAUCACCAUCAUCACCACAACCACAUUCUAAACGAUCGAAAUAGUAACCAUGUUAAUAAUUUCGAUAUCAAGUGGGUCAUUAAGAAGGAAGUCGAAUCACCUUCUCCUCCACCCAUUGAGACCAUUUCAAUCUCCUCGGUUGACAAUGACGCAUCUCCACCAACCACCACAACAACAACAACUACCACCACAUCAAACAUCACCGGCACAAUCAACAGCAACCUCUUGAAUGAUAUCAGCACACUCAGUGUCAACCAAGGGUCAUCGCCAACCAGCUCACCAACGAUGACAAACAACAAUGCCAGCAUUCUAGAGAGCAACAGCUCCUCGCAAACCAACUUGCAACAACCUGUAGUCAAUUUGACAUCAACAUCGCCACAAAUCUACAAGCAACGAAGAAGAGGACCAAAAGCCAAGCAAAUCAAACCCGACGAAGACAAGCUUCCAUGUCGACACGAGAUUCAUAGACAUCUCAAUGAAACAGAUCGUUUCCUCUACAAUGUGAAGCAGUCGAGAUGUCGGCACGAGAUGACACCGCACAGGUGUAUUGACGAGGGUUUGGCUUGUGUGUCUUGUGAGCGCACAUUACGCGUCGAACGCACCCCCGACGGUAAAAGAAGAAUCAAAGAAACCAGAGUCAAAUGUAGAUAUGAAACCUGUGACAUAAUGGUUACUUUGUCCAAUCGUUCCGUCCACGAGAAGCGACACGAAACUGCAUCGGGAGGUAUCGGCGGAACAAUUAACAUAGUUUAA